AUGCCUCAGCCACCCACCACAGGCUGCACUGAUGUGCCCAUCUCCCCUUGUGGGCCCACCUCAGGCCUCCCAGCCUCCAUCCAGCCACCUGCUCUGAACUCCUCCUUCACAGAGGCCCUCACCCAACUUCGAGGGCCGUCUCACCGCCCCCUAUGCACCCACCUCACUUGUGACAGGCUGUAUCACCCCACCCUCGCCCCAAUGCUCUCUCCUGGUGACUUUGCACAAAACAACCCUCCCUGCUUUGCUUUCCUGGUGAAGAGGUUUGCCGAUCUCAGGUCCCCCCCCCACACACACACCGGGCUCUGCACGCACAAACGCGCGAGCGCACAGAAUGCGGGGCCCACUCCCGCGCCCCGCGAAGUCACCCCGCGCCCCCAGGCGCUCGCUCCGAGCUUUGUUCGGCUGCAGCGGCAGAGUCCCCUCCCCAUUGGUCCCGCUCGGCGGGCCACCUCCUCCGGCCCCCCUGUCGUUCCCCGGGGUGCCGCCGGCCGACCCUACCUCCGCACUCGCUGCCGCUCUGCAGGCUCCGGGGCGCAUCUCGGGGGCGCCCGGCCGAGCCGGGGUGGCGCCGAGGCGAGCGGCGGCACGGGGCGCCAUGGCCCGCAGCCCCCGCCCUGUGAUCGGCCAGCCCCUCACGGCCCCCGGGGGCCCUCUCUGCUGCCCCGCGGCGGCCCCAUGGCGCCCCCCGUCCCCCGGCCGCCCCCCCCCGCGGCGCGCUGCCCUCCGCCUCCCGCCGCGCGCUCCGGCUCCUCGGGCUGCCCGACCUCUUCCCGCGCGCUCCGCUACUCGGCCGACGCCCGUCGUCUCCGGCCCGCGCCCCCACCCCUCCCGCACGCCCCUUCCCCGGCCGGCAGCCCCUCCCCCCGCCCCCGAGGGCCCUGCCCCGCCCCUGCCCCGCCCCUGCCCCCUCCCACACGCCCCCUCCCCGGCCCGCGCCCCUUCCCCCGCCCGAGCCCGCCCCCGAGCUCCCUGCCCCUCCCCUCCCCCUUCCCCCGCCCACACGCCCCUACCCCCUCCGGCACGCCCCCGCCCCUUCCCCCGCCCCCGAACUCCCUGCCCCUCCCUUUCCCGCCCUCCCCUUCCCCCGGCCCCUCCCACGCGCCCCCGCUCCCUCUCCCAAACCUUUCCACUUGGGCACCCGGGCCGCUCGUCACGCGCCCCCGACUGCCCCUCGGCCCCCUGGUCCCGCCCCCUAGACCCCGGGCCCUCCCCCGACGCGCCUCCUCUUUCCCCUCCCCCACCUCUUGCCGGCCCGCGCCCCCGGCCCCUCAGCACCGCGUUCCCGGGCUUCCCCUCCUGGAGCUGGUCCGCAGCUGGCGCAGCCCCGCGGGUCGCCUGGGUGAACCCCUCUCGGAGGGCCGGUCGGCCUUGGACAUCGCUAUGGCCGUCCGGGCGGUUGGAGACCCCGCGGUGCGCUUCGCCGGGCCGGUCCCCAGGUGUCCGCUGCGCGCGCCCUGGAUCCUCGGCCCUCGCCAACGCGUGGACGGCCGUCCGGGACCCCUGGCCGGUGAGCCCCUGCCGCCCUCGGCCCUGCAGGUGGCCGGCUGGCUGGGUCACGACGGGCCGGGAGCGCGCGGCGAGGGCCGCCACGGGGAGGCACGGAGCAGCGAGCGCAGCAGGGGGCGCGGAGGAGCCGGGGGCGCCGCACAGGAGGAGUGA